AAGGAGGGAGGGGAGAGCGGUGGCGGCGGCUGCGCCCGGCUGUGCGCCUCUCGCCACCGGAGGAAGAUGAGGCUGAAGAUCGGGCUCCUCUUACGCAGUUUGCUGGUGGUGGGCAGCUUCCUGGUGCUGGUGGUCCUCUGGUCCUCCCUAUCCCCGCGGCCGGACGAGCCGAGCCCGCUGAGCAGGAUGAGGGAAGACAGAGCUGUUAAUAACCCCAUGCCUGACCGAGGGGGCAAUGGACUAGCUCCUGGGGAUGACAGAUUCAAACCCGUGGUGCCCUGGCCUCAUGUUGAAGGAGUAGAAGUGGACUUAGAGUCUAUUAGAAGAAAAAACAAGGCCAAACAUGAACAAGAGCGGCAUGCUGGAGGAGAUAACCAGAAAGACAUAAUGCAGAGGCAGUAUCUCACAUUUAAGCCUCAGACUUUCACGUACCGUGAUCCUGUGCUCCGCCCAGGGGUCCUCGGUAACUUUGAACCCAAAGAGCCCGAGCCUCACGGAGUGGUUGGUGGCCCUGGAGAGAAAGCCAAGCCGUUGGUUUUGGGACCAGAAUUCAAACAUGCAGUUCAAGCCAGCAUUAAAGAGUUUGGAUUUAACAUGGUGGCGAGUGACAUGAUCUCCCUGGACCGCAGCGUCAGUGACUUACGACAAGAAGAAUGCAAGUAUUGGCAUUAUGAUGAAAACCUGCUCACGGCCAGCAUUGUCAUCGUCUUCCAUAACGAAGGGUGGUCCACCCUCAUGAGAACAGUUCACAGCGUAAUUAAAAGGACUCCAAGGAAAUACUUAGCAGAAAUCGUGUUAAUUGACGAUUUCAGUAACAAAGAACACUUAAAAGAAAAACUGGAUGACUAUAUUAAGCUGUGGAAUGGCCUAGUCAAGGUAUUUCGAAAUGAGAGAAGAGAAGGUUUAAUUCAGGCACGAAGUAUCGGUGCCCAGAAGGCUAAACUUGGACAGGUUUUGAUAUACCUCGAUGCCCACUGUGAGGUGGCAGUUAACUGGUAUGCACCACUCGUAGCUCCCAUAUCAAAGGACAGAACCACAUGCACUGUGCCUCUGAUAGAUUACAUAGAUGGGAAUGAUUAUUCCAUUGAGCCACAGCAAGGUGGGGAUGAAGAUGGUUUUGCCAGAGGGGCCUGGGACUGGAGUUUGCUAUGGAAGCGUAUUCCUCUAAGCCACAAGGAAAAGGCCAAAAGAAAACAUAAAACUGAACCUUAUCGGUCCCCAGCCAUGGCUGGAGGAUUAUUCGCCAUUGAACGAGACUUCUUCUUCGAGCUGGGUCUCUACGAUCCAGGCCUCCAGAUUUGGGGUGGUGAAAACUUUGAGAUCUCAUACAAGAUCUGGCAGUGCGGUGGCAAGUUACUGUUUGUCCCUUGUUCCCGUGUCGGGCACAUCUACCGUCUUGAGGGCUGGCAGGGGAACCCUCCACCUGUCUAUGUCGGGUCUUCUCCUACCCUAAAGAAUUACGUCAGAGUUGUAGAGGUCUGGUGGGAUGAGUAUAAAGACUACUUCUAUGCCAGUCGCCCUGAAUCAAAGGCAUUACCAUAUGGGGAUAUAUCAGAGCUGAAGAAAUUUCGAGAAGAUCACAACUGCAAAAGUUUCAAAUGGUUCAUGGAAGAAAUAGCUUAUGAUAUCACCUCACACUACCCUCUGCCGCCCAAAAAUGUCGACUGGGGAGAAAUCAGAGGCUUUGAAACUGUGUACUGCAUUGACAGCAUGGGGAAGACAAACGGAGGCUUUGUUGAGCUGGGCCCCUGCCACAGGAUGGGCGGGAAUCAGCUUUUCCGAAUCAACGAAGCCAAUCAACUCAUGCAGUAUGACCAGUGUUUGACGAAGGGUCCUGAUGGAUCCAAAAUUAUGAUUACACACUGUAAUCUGAAUGAAUUUAAGGAAUGGCAGUACUUCAAGUAUUGUCAUGGAAGGAGGCCACCUGGAGUCCAUGCAGACCCACUGCUAACUUAUCAACACAGGAAAACCAGUGUUCCCUGAGGCAGUCAUCACCAUUGUUCUAAUAUCAAAGUCGAUCUUUUUAAUCCAAAAGAGUCAUUCAUUAAAAUUACCUAUAUAAUGUGUAAGUAUACCUAUGUAUGACACAUAGAAAACGUUGCAUUUAUUUUUGCAUUUUAUUUUAUUAACUUUUAAAAUAUUGCUGCCUGUUGUCCAGCAGGUGGGGAUAGAGACGAACAAAUAACAUGUUGGACUCAAGGCCUUCAAAGCUUCUCAUCAUGGCUGCUUGCUAAAUGCAACAGGAUACGUGUUGCCUGUUGUUUGUUUUAAAGGUCAUGUUUAGUUUUUUUUGUGUGUGUGUUUUUUGCGGUAUGCGGGCCUCUCACUGCUGCGGCCUCUCCCGUUGCAGAGCACAGGCUCCGGACGCGCAGGCUCAGCGGCCAUGGCUCACGGGCCCAGCCGCUCCGCGGCAUGUGGGAUCUUCCCGGACUGGGGCACGAACCUGUGUCCCCUGCAUCAGCAGGCGGAGUCUCAACCACUGCGCCACCAGGGAAGCCCCAUGUUUAGUUUUUCACUUGAGUCUGUGGGAGCAGUUUUUCUGUUUCAGCUGUGAAUAUUCAGAGUUCUGUGCCAGGUUGAGGAUUCCAACAUAAUAAUGGUUUUCUGAAUAAUUUUCAAAGUCUAGACUUGGCUAAAAUAAAUCAAUUUAUUGUGAAACAAAAAGUUGGGGAGGCUGCCCCAGAUUGAAGAAACUGGCAGCCCUGAACUUUCUUUACGCAUCUUGUAUUCGUUGUCACGUCCUCCCUGUCAGCAAAUGCUUGUUUGCCACAUAGUGAUAUGACCCAGCUGAAUAUUCCCAGUUAUCAUUGUGCAUAGAUAAUUACUAUGAAGUGGUAAGUAUGUGUCAGUUGCUGAUAUUUUUCUUAUAACAAGUUAGGAAGGAGAAGAUUAACAUAAACCCCAGAGAAGAGAACAUUUAUUUACACAAAGAAAGAUGAAUAAUAGCAAUGAAGGCUAGGGGUGAGUAAGGACAAUAUUAGUAAACUAGUAAAAGAAGGUUAGCAGAUGCAAAACGACACAAGAAGCAGUGGAUAAGAAUGGAAUGUACAUAUUUUAGAUAUUUUAAAGGGCAAAGCACUGAAUAUCCGUUUGUGCAUCAGACAUUACUAAAUAUUCACUGGGGCCCUUCAAAAAAUAUCUAAAGCCCAUCAUACUAUAAUGGCAGAGAAGGAAAAAAAUGCAGAAGUAAAAAUAAGCAAAAUGCCAUAGGACAGCAAAAGAGAGAUUAAUAGGAGGAGUUAUUUCUGAUGAGUUUCAUGUAGGAAGUAUCACUGCACCAGGUCUUGAGGUAUAAAAAGGCUUUUCAUGGAGAAUAAAUGAGAAAACGGGUGAGCAGAGGCGUGGCAUCAAAGUGUAGAGAAUUCUAGGAACUGCGUUUGCUCUGGUUCCCUAAGUUGUUCUCCAUGGGAAAGAGCGUGGAACUUUGUUUUGUGGGCUUUAGGGAGUGACUGACAUUAGUUAAGGAUCACAGUGAUAGGAAACAGUGGAUACUUUUAGGAAAAUAAUUCUGGAAAUAUUGUCAAGUAUGGACUGGUGAACAGGAGGCCAGCUCGGUCAGUGGUUCCCACUCUGCCCCGUCUCUGGACCCCCUUUACAUCCUUACAAACCACUGACACGCUCCCCAGACAGAUAGAUGUGUUAUAGAGGUUACAGCUAACGGUAUUUCCUAAGUUGGGAAUUAAACCUGAGAAUUGUUGUAUUUAUGUAUGUAUUCACGUAAAUGUAACAAUCAUAACCAUAUUACACGUUAAUAUAAAUAAUACUUUUAUAAUCCCCCAAAAAGUGAGAAGAGUGGCAUUGUUUUAUAGUUUCACAAAUGCCUUUAAUGUCUGGUUUAAUAGAUUCUUACUCUGCUUCUGCGUUUAGUUUGAUGCGAUAUGUUGUUUUAGUUGCGUAUUUGAGGAAAAUCCGGCCUCACAUAGACGUGCAGUUGGAAAAUGAGGGGUAAUUUAAUAGCCUUUUCAGAUAAUUGAGGCUGUUCUUCUUCAGUGCUACACAAGUGCGUAAGUGGUAGUUUCUUAAAAGCUUUGCAAUGUUUCUUAAAAGUUUGCAAUCUGAACUCCUAUCAGUGAACAUUUUGUUCUUUGUUGCGUUAAACCCACUGGUCUGUCUCACACUGGAGUGGAUCUUUUGUAACAUCACACAUUCGCUGCUCAUUUGGAAAACAGUGGCUCACUAAGUCAUGUAAAUCUUCCAAACGAUGGCACAUUUCAUCAUACAAUGCCAAAUAAAUCACAAAUAUAACCACCGAUUUCAUCAGAAAAGUCUUUAAGUCUUGUGCAGCUGUCAAGUUCACGGUAAUGGAUACAAGUUUCCUACAACUCGAAUUUUUGCUUGAAAACUCAAAUUUUACCAAUGGCAACAGAUACUGUCAGCUUUAUAUUUUUUCCUUGAAGUGAUGGGCUCACUUUAUUUUCUGGAAGAUGGCUACCCAGUCCCAAGUCUGCAUAAUUGUAAUCUGCCUGCAGGUUGUCCUUUCAAGUCAGAAUGACAUCCCACGAGAGAAGGAGCUCGUUCAACCCUCGGGUCCCGACAACUGCUCAUGUGCUGUCCACUCUUCCCAUACUAUCUCAUAGGGUCAAGAUUUAAUAAAACUAAUACGUGGACACCAGGGGGGAAAGGGUGGGGGGUGAACUGGGAGAUUAGGAUUGACAUAUAUACACCGCUGAGUAUGGAGGAGAUAUCUAGUGAGAGCCUGCCGUACAGCGCAGGGAACUCUACUCGGUGCUCUGUGGUGACCUGGAUGGAUGGGAGGGAAAUCCGGAAGGGAGGGGAUAUGUGUAAACAUAUGUCUGAUUCACUUCUCUGUGCAGUAGGAGCUAGCACAACACUGUGACGCGCAACUAUACCCCAAUUAAAAAAAAAAUAAAUAUUUAAAAAAUUAAUUAAUUAAAAAAAUUAAAAAUAGGAGACGAUCUACAUCCCAGGGCCAUUCAUUAUGAGGAUUAAGUGAAUUAAUACACCUAGAGCAUCUGGUAUGCGUCUACCCGGCAUAGAGCAAGUGCUCAAUAAAUGUUAAACGUUAUUAUCAUUAAAAAAAAAAAAACUAAUACGUUUUUACUGCUUUGUCAAGGGCGUUCUCAAGUGAAACUGGCUUUUUUUUCUUUUUUAAUUGUGAGUGUUCGUCCAUGGAGAACAUGACUGUGUGAUUGAUGCUACGGCCCCAGCACGUUCACCCAGCAUGGCUUUUGCGCCAUCAGUAUAAAUGUCCAUACGAUGAAGAAGGCAGAUGGGGCUCUGUGUAUUAUUAUGAAAUCGUUUCAACCUUACAGACCCAAUCUUAGCUAGUCUGACGACCACACUCUGAACAGCCCUGAGCUGUACUGAAGGAACCUCCAGCAGGUGACCAGGGCUCGACCAAGGCAAGGGCGGUGGGGAGGGGAAAGGAUGCACGCCCAAGCCACUGCAGAUGUCCGUCCUCAGCCAGCGACUUGGAGGAAAGAAGAAGGGAAAUGCAGCCUGAGCUGUGCUGUCCUGAGCACGGGAAAGCUGGUAUCGUCAUUAGUAGGAUAGGAGCUAGAGGAGCAGGUUUGGAGGGGAAGAUGAUGAAUUUAAGUUUGUAUGUAUUGAAUUGGAGGUACCAGCAGUACAUCAUGACUGAACAAUAACAGGAUGUGGAAGACUGACGAUCAAGAGAAACACAGACUCUGGGGUGUGCCUGGUUCAUGCCUGCCCAAUUCGCUUGAAUAGUCUUCUUACGAAAGCCAGGCUGUGACUUUGUCUAAUGUCAGUGAUAUCACACAGUGCAAAUGUAACACUGUGUUUCCCUGUGUCUUCCAGAACCUGCACAGACUGACUCACAUUCCUUCCAGAAAGUGCUUGGAUCGCUCGGAGGUCCUCCAUCAAGUGUUCAUCUCCGACUGUGACUCCAGCAAAAUGACUCAAAAGUGGGAAAUAAAUAACAUCCAUAGUGUUUAGAAGGAA